AUGGAUUCGAAAGAGUGUUCAUUGUUGCCUUUCGAAUUAUGUGAGGAAAUACUUUGUAGGGUUCCAACUAUAUCUCUUCUGCGAUUCAAGUUAACGUGCAAACGAUGGCUCGAACUUUUCAAGAACAAAAGAUUCAUCAACAAGCACUUGGCUCUAAUCCAAGAACAUUUCAUACGGAUCGAUGAUCCUAAGGUUAAGAUCAUCACUCCGAUGACCGGAGCUUGCUCAUUUUUUUCACGUCCAGACGAGUUUCGAGCUAGACCUCAGAUUUACACUAUGAUUCACUGCGACGGAUUAUUGUUGUGUAUCUUAGAAUCAAGUGCCAUCGCGGUUUGGAACCCAUGUUUGAACCAAGUUAGAUGGAUCAAGCCCUUGAGUUAUCACACGGCUUGUUGUUUCUAUGGCAUUGGUUACGACAAUUUAUCUCGAGAUGGCUACAAAAUCAUGAGGUUUAUGAACGGCGUUUUUACAAAAAACGAGUACGCAAACACGGGAUCUUACAAUCCAGAGGUUGAUAUCUACGAAUUCAACUCCAAUUCUUGGAGAACUUUUCGUGUUUCUUUGGAUUGUCAUGUGGUUUCUCGUUGUAGAGGUGUGUCACUCAAAGGAAACAUGUAUUGGAUUGCUAAAUGGAACCGUAAAUCCGACUUCUUCAUCCAAAGUUUUAAUUUCUCUACCGAGAAAUUCGAGCCAUUAUGCUCUCUUCCCUUUGAGUAUAAUGCGUCUAAUGUUGUAAAAUUAUCAGCUUUUAGACAAGAUAAUCUAUCUUUGUUACACUACAUCGAAGAAACAUCAAACAUGGAAGUGUGGGUUACAAACAAGGUCAAAAACGGAGUCAUCACCUCGUGGACCAAGUUCUUUAAUGUGACAAGCCCUGAUCUUCCGGUAUUGCGUGAAGUUAAUAAUAUGUCUAGUCCGGUGCACUUCAUUGAUAAGAACAAUAUGAUUGCUGUAUGUUGUGAGGAAGUAUUAGCAGAUCAAAAGAAUGUAAGUGUUAACAUCUACCUUAUCGGAGAAGGUGAGAUCAAGAAACAAGGUGAGAUUGAACGACAUAAAUUGGGUUUUAGUUGGCCUUUUAUCUCCGGAUAUGCAUAUCUUCCAAGUCUUGUUCCGGUUCCAACAUAG